AACUAUCCAAACCUCCCGCUGACCAUUCAACCUCCCAGCCUUGCCUCUUCCUUUUCCCCCUUGCCCCCCAUUGUCAUCUCCACCAUGCAUAAAGCCCGGCCUGACUCUCGGGAUGACCUCCCCGAAGACUUCUUCAUCCCGAUGCCCUUGGAUGUUGCCAAUAUCACGACCCUCAGCCCUUUCCUGGUACCUCAGACUCACCUGAGUGGUCCAGGCCUCUUUAUGGGCAUGGCUGCCUUCAUGUUCAUGCUGGUUGUCCUUGGGGUGCCCAUCAACAUCCUCACCAUCUUCUGCACCUUCAAGUACAAGAAGCUUCGCUCCCACCUCAACUACAUCCUGGUCAACCUAGCCAUGUCAAACUUGGUGGUGGUCUGCGUGGGAUCUACCACUGCCUUCUACAGCUUCUCUCAGAUGUACUUCGCUCUGGGCCCCCUUGCCUGCAAGAUAGAGGGCUUUGCUGCCACGUUGGGGGGUAUGGUGAGCCUGUGGUCUCUGGCGGUUGUGGCCUUUGAACGCUUCCUGGUCAUUUGCAAACCCCUGGGAAACUUCACCUUCCGGGGCACCCAUGCCAUCGCCGGCUGCGUCAUCACGUGGGUCUUUGGCUUGGUGGCUGCAGUACCACCCUUGUUUGGCUGGAGCAGGUAUAUCCCUGAGGGACUGCAGUGCUCAUGUGGUCCCGACUGGUACACAACAAACAACAAGUGGAACAACGAAUCCUACGUGUUGUUCCUCUUCUCCUUCUGUUUUGGAGUGCCACUGUCCAUUAUUGUCUUCUCCUAUGGGCGUCUUCUCCUCACCUUGCGGGCGGUUGCCAAGCAGCAGGAGCAGUCAGCCACGACACAGAAAGCUGAGCGAGAGGUGACCAAGAUGGUGGUGGUGAUGGUGAUGGGCUUCCUGGUCUGUUGGCUGCCAUACGCCUCCUUUGCACUGUGGGUAGUGACCCAUCGUGGGGAACCCUUUGACGUCCGCCUGGCUUCCAUCCCCUCUGUCUUCUCCAAGGCUUCCACUGUUUAUAAUCCCUUCAUCUAUGUCUUCAUGAACAAGCAGUUCCGCUCCUGUAUGCUGAAGCUUGUCUUCUGCGGCAAAAGCCCCUUUGGUGAUGAGGACGACGUUUCAGGCACUUCACAGACCACCCAGGUCUCCUCUGUGUCCUCCAGCCAAGUGUCCCCAGCGUAACCAUGAGCAAUGCCCACACCACCCACGCGACCUCUGGGGAGCUCUCCUUCUGCACACCAGAACUGACCCUGACCCUGCACAGCCAGCUGCUCCCAAUAUGUGCCCAACUCCCACAGCUGUCCUAUUCCAGAUCUGUUUCUUCCAGCAGGCAUUUGGCUACUGUGCAGACCACUCGCAUUUUAGACCUCUGUAGGCAUUGCUCCUCAAGCCUCUACAUUUACGAUUGCACCAUACACAGGCCCAGUGCCCCUGGCCUGCCUCUUCCUGUCCCACUGAGGUGAGUGAGAUAUUCACACACACACACUGAAAGCCUGUAAGCGGCAGCAUCCUGAGGAGGUACAUUACCUGGUGCUCCAGUACAACCAAGUCCUUCACUUCAUGGAAGUGACACCUAGGUUGGCCCAGCCUUCCUUGUUGCUGCCUGUUCAGGCAUGUCUGUGAAAAGGAGAGCAGGUGGGUUAUAAAGAAAUGUGUCUCAGAGUUCUGGCUUACAUGCAUUGGGCAUUAGGUGUUCUAUGAACUGCUGUUUUGACAAGACAUAAUUCUAACUGCAGGGACAGCUGGGUGUAAACACUGCUCACCCCAUCAGCGUCAGAACUGGCACAUUAGCACCACGGGUGUCUCCUUUUUAGACCGUGACUGGGAGGUGGAGAGAGCAUUUUAUGCACGUACAUAGCAAAACUGCUACCUCCCUUUUUCUUCUUUUACGUCUCAUUCCGACCAGCAGGGGGCAGCAAGAACAAACAUACUGAAGCUUGCGGUUAAGCAAGUCUCAGAGAUUUAAGAAUAGGAGGCAACUGGGAUUCAUAAUCAGCACACACAUGCAGAUGCCUUCUGUCCAAGGUCUCCCUAAACCUCUGACUUCACUUCAGACACUUUUGCCUGAAAGCUGCAAGGUGUGGGUCACCAUAGCCGUCUGAUGACUUCCUUUGGAAGACACAUGGAGAUCUCUCUCUCUCACCCACCCACACCGCUCAUCAGGGCUAUUAGAAUCAUCAGUGGGUGCUCGGAAGGUACUGAAGAGGUCAUCUAGUCUUCCCCUAGAAAGACUCAAUUUUAACAACAAAAACCUUCAUAAAAAAGGGACCCUCCCUACACAAUGUCUCUAGCUUUGCUUAAUCCACCACAAAGCGGCCCUUUUACACAGGACUGUAGCCAGGUUGGAGUGAGCCCUGGGACAAAAAGUGAAGAUGAGCUGCUUCCCCAACGCCCUUCUUCAGAAAGGCAUAAGGGCUGAGUGCAUUUUCCUCACCACUGAUUUAGUACGGAG